AGGAGGACACCCAUGUCAAGGAGACCCAAGCCUCCUCCAAAGCCAAAAACUUCAGAGAGAUUUAUUGAGCGUGAUCCUGUUGAGGUAUACUGCCGUAUUCGCCCACCAGAGACCCCAAACCAGGAAGAAUGUGUCACAGCUGUGGACUCUCGCACUGUUAAGUAUCUAACACCUCCAGACACCUGCUUUGCAUUCCGCAAUGGGCAUGCCAAAGAGCAACAGUACAAAUUCCGACAUGUAUUCAACCCAGACUCCUCGCAGAAAGAUGUGUUUGACUAUGUUGCCAAGCCUUUGGUGUCUGAUGUGUUGCGGGGGAAGAAUGGUCUUCUGUUUGCUUAUGGUGUUACAGGUUCUGGGAAAACACAUACAAUGCAAGGGAUCACCCAUGAUGGAGGUAUUGCCAGGACAUUAGAUGUCAUUUUCAAUAGCAUUAAUGAAUACCAAACAAAGAGGCGCAUCUUCAAGCCAGACGGAAUGAAUGGCUUCGAUGCUCAGUGUGAAUCGGAUGCUUCCAGUGAGCGACGGAGGAUUGACGCCACACCCAUUUAUCCUAAAACGCCAAAGACCCCCAGAUACAGACGAGACACAAGUGGCUCCCAAGAUAGCUCUCAGCGGAUCCCAGACACCUCAAGAAUUGAAUGCAUUGAUGAGGAUAAUGUGUUCUCAAUCUUUGUUGCUUACAUUGAGAUCUAUAAUAAUUAUAUAUAUGACCUCCUGGAAGAUUUAUCUGAUGCAGGGCCAUCUGGACGACUGCAGACCAAAAUCUUGCGUGAAGAUGCCCAACACAAUAUGUAUGUACAUGGGUGCACAGAGGUUGAAGUGAAGAAUCCAGAUGAUGCACUGGAGGUUUUAUACAAAGGUCAGAGAAGGCGCAAGAUUGCUUAUACGCGUCUAAACUGUGAAUCUUCUCGGUCACAUUCCAUAUUCACAAUCAGAGUAGUCCAGGCCCCGCUAGAUGCCCAGGGCGAGGAGGUGGUGACGGACAAAGCUAGCAUGAUGGUGUCUCAGCUGUCCUUGGUUGAUUUGGCUGGCUCAGAGCGUAACAACCGGACCAAGGCUGUUGGCGACAGGAUCAAGGAAGCUGGUGAGUAUCCGGGUGAUGUAGUUGGGUUCUUGUUGGAUAUUAAUUCUAUUUUGAUUGGCGUUUUGAAGGGUUGUAAGAUGUGGAAGCUGUAA